CGUGGGCUCUUACACAAGGAUAGCCACCUCCCGUCCGCUCUGUUGUCGCUGCUGUCGGCGCGUGCGCAGUCGCAGUCGCUGGCGGCGCUCGUGCCGUCCUGCAUCCAGGUCACCAACGUCAUGAAAUCCAACCUCGCCAAAGACAUCGCGCCCUUUCCGCCCCUGCACCUCCCCAAAGUGCCCCUCGACACCCUCAGCGCCAUCCCCGACGACCUGAAGACGCACCUGCUGCAGCAGGCUUUCAUGCAGAACAACAACACCGUCGGCCAGGGUGUCGAUUUCAAAUCGAUCGGCAAGCAAGACGAGCCGGACUCGGACGGCGAUUACGACGACACGGACGAUAUCGUGCUACCGGAGGAGACGGACGCCUUCUACGACAACGCCUACUCGAGUAACUCGGGGAGCCUCAACUCCGUCGGCGACCUGUUCGAGUCCAAACACGACGCCAAAGGGCACAUGAAGCGAGACGGCAACAGCUCCGACGACGCCAGCAGGCAGUUCGAGUGCAGGCACUGCGGGAAGAGAUAUCGGUGGAAGUCCACUCUGAGGCGCCACGAGAACGUGGAGUGCGGGGGCAAAGCGCCCUCCCACCAGUGCCCCUACUGCUCGUACAAAGCCAAGCAGAGGGGAAAUCUAGGAGUUCACAUUCGAAAGCACCAUAAUACCGAGUGGUACAUAUAUGCUAGCAACAAAGUGAGGCGAAAUAAAAAAACCUCGAUAUAGAGUUAUUUAGAGAAAAACACAUUAGACCAAAGUAGAUACCUAACCAAAUCGGUACUGCAAUAAUAUUAUUUAUAUUUACCUUUUAUUUUGUUAAAGACAUAUUAAUUAAUAUACACUAAAGAUAAUAGUUGUAAUGUGCACAUUCCCUAACGGCAUUAGCGUUAAUUUGUUGUUUUUUGUUUUAGAGUUUAUUAUCGUAGUUAAGACUGACCUUAAGUAUUUUGUUCUGGAGAACAUUUUUUAUUAUAUUUAAUUUGACGACCAUUAAGUCCCCUUCCAAAUGAAAAGUUCAACCUAAAAGGUUAGCAUUUCGUACGAAAAUGCUUUUUGUUAAAUUCAAGUAUAAUGUAUUAACUCGAAUUUGUUUAGUUUUAGUACCUCUAACAUUCCUGUUACGGAAUAAUUCCAAAAAUAGUAAAACUAGUGCAAUUGAUAUUAUAUAAAAUGUUGAUCUUCAGUCAAUUUUAAAAUAAAUCGAAAGCGAAAAGGUUACUUUCGUCACGGGUAAAUUUUUUUUAAAUAUUCUCCA